UAUCCAAUUUUUGAGGCUCAAUUCAGGCAAUUUGGGAAAGCAAAGUUUCCUAAGAAAAAAAACGAAAUACAUGAAACAAUUGUCUAAUUAAAAUCUGAACUCAUUUGGGUUGUUCAUACAGAUUGGCUAUGCUGCUGAAAUUCAGAUUAAUCUUAUAUUCAUCAUGAAAACACUAAAGCAAGCUGCAAGUGGAUUCAAUCACAUUAUACAGUCAUGUAAAAGCUUUAAACAACUGAACCAAACCCAUGCUCGCAUGCUCAAAACUGGAUCCAAAGACAAGAAACUUCUAUCGAAACUUGUUAGCAUGUAUGUCGUGCUUGACAGUAUGGAGGAUGCCCAAAUGGUUUUUGACAAAAUCUCUGGAUCAAAAAAUGCAUUUUUAUGGAAUGAAAUGAUCAGAGGCUAUGCUACUAAUGGCCCAUAUGUAGAAGCCAUUAGGUUGUAUUACCAAAUGAAAAGAACAGGUCAACUGGCAGACACUUACACAUUUAAUUUUGUUUUAAAAGCGUGCAGUGCUCUUGAGGCUCUGGAAGAAGGUAGAAAGAUUCAUGAUGAGAUAGUCAGAGUGGGAUGCGAGUCUGAUCUUUACGUGGGGAAUGGGCUCGUGGGAUUAUAUUGUAGGUGUGGAGCAAUGGAAAUUGCCCGGCAAGUGUUUGACAAAAUGCGGAAGAGAGACGUGGUGUUGUGGAAUACCAUGAUUGCUGGGUAUGCCACACACGGGCCUUUCGAGCAGGCGGUUGCAUUCUUCUAUAGAAUGCAGGAGGAAUCUGGUAUUAAGCCUGAUACUUUCAGUUUUAAUUUUGUGUUUAAGGCAUGCGCCGAGCUGUCUGAUCUUGAGGAGGGGAAGAGAAUUCAUGAUUGUGUGGUUAGGAGCCGGCUAGGACUGGAUAUUUAUGUUGGGAAUUCGCUUGUGGCUAUGUAUGCAAAGUGUGGGAAUAUGGAGGUUGCGAGGGAGAUAUUUGAUAGUAUGCCUGAUAGGGAUGUGGUUUCAUGGAAUUCAAUCAUUGGUGGAUACGGGAAUAAUGAAGAGUGUAGCGAGGCCUUAUUGCUCUUUAAUAGAAUGCAAAUGGAGGGCUUGAAGCCUACCAGAGUCACUAUGCCAAGCGUGCUUAAGGCUCUAGCAGAUUUGGCAGCCAUGCAACAGGCGAAAGCAAUCCAUGGUUAUGUAAUUCAAAGAGGCUUUGAUUCCGAUGUUGUUGUUGGGACUGGUCUCAUAGACUUGUAUGCCAAAUGUGGAAGUGUAGAGAUUGCAUGCCAAGUGUUUGAUAAGAUGUCUAAAAGAAAUGUAAUCUCAUGGAGUGCAAUGAUUGAUGGUUAUGGAAUGCAUGGACAUGGUGACAAAGCUCUUGAACUUUUUGUUAGAAUGGAACAGGCGGGUUUAAAGCCAGAUUAUGUUACUUUUGUUUGUGUUUUGUCCGCAUGCAGUCAUGGGGGACUGGUGGAUGAGGGCUGGCAUUAUUUUAACUACAUGAUUGAAUAUUAUUGCAUUCCGCCGAGAGAGGAGCAUUAUGCGUGCAUGGUUGAUCUUCUUGGACGUGCCGGGCAUCUGGAUGAGGCACAAAACUUCAUUGAAAAUAUACCAUUCGAACCAGGCGUUACUGUUUGGGGUUCUUUGCUUGCUGCUUGUGGCAUUCAUGGUAACAUUGAGCUAGGAGAAAAGGUAGCAAAACGUGUUCUGGAAUUAGACCCCCAAAAUGCUGGGCGUUACGUACUGCUGUCCAAUAUCUAUGCUGCUGCUGGCAGAUGGGAUCAGGUAAUAAAGGUAAGAUCAUUGAUGAAAGAAAGGAUGGUGAAAAAGAAUCCAGGAUGCAGCUUGAUUGAGAUAAAUAACAAAGUCCAUUCAUUCCUUGUGGGUGACAGAUCACAUCUUGAUUUUGACAAAAUUGAUGCAAUGCUGGAAAAUUUGGCUGUACAUAUGAAGGAGGCAGGGUAUGUUCCUAAUACAAACUUUGUGUUGCAUGAUGUGGAGGAAGAGGUGAAGGAAGAUUUACUUGGGAGGCACAGUGAAAAGUUGGCCAUUGCAUUUGGUCUAAUUAAAACAAGCCCAGGAACGCCAAUCCGGAUCACCAAAAAUCUUCGUGUAUGUGGUGAUUGCCAUGUUGCAACGAAGUUCAUCUCCAUGAUUGUCAAACGAGAAAUUAUAGUAAGGGAUGCAAAACGAUUCCACGUUUUUAGGGAUGGAAAUUGUUCUUGUGGGGAUUACUGGUAAUUCUGAUUGAAAGAAUCACCGAAUGGCAUCAGUUACUCUAACUGUACCCAUUUUGUUUGCCACAUGCUGGCAACCAUACCGUGAAUUAUUUUCACUUAUUAGACAACCCAGCCUUUGCAGAUUCAAGGUGUUGAGAAUCGGCUGCGGGAGAGGCACUGAAUGGAUCAUUGAUGAGGGUAAGGCACACAGAUGUCAUGAAAUAUACAUUGACAGAUAAGCCAUGACAUUCUUUGAAUAUAUCAACUACGAUGUUGUGGACAAUUAGCCUUUUAAUUAAAGCCUCACCACCAAUAUGGAAGUUAGUCUAUUUCUACAGGAUGGCUCCAUGUGAUCAUUUGGAAAGGUUUUAAGGGGUCAACCAAUGAUAGAAUGACAUCAUAAAAAAUGAUGAAAAUGCGAGUCCAAAAAAAAUUCUAUGCACAUCGAAUAUUUAAACAAGGCAGAAACUGCACUGGAGUUGUAGUUAAAUCAGCAUAUACAUCAGUUAUUUCUAAGUAAUCUUGCUCUGGUAUGGAGAGUAGACUUCAUCAUACUCUGCACCUUGCAGCGUCAUGUGUGCCUCUAAUGCUUCUUUACUGGAGGCAAGGACUACAUGUAUUCAAGCCAAUAAGUCAUCAAUGCUUCUCUGCCGAAGAACUAGGAGGGAGUGCACGGAAUACAUUUGUGAGAGGAAUGGCUGUGUCAAAUACUUUGGGAGUAUAUAAGAGUGAAUCAAGUUGCAUUAAGAUCCAUGGAUACUUCUACAACUUGAGGUAAUGAAGAUAACUGCAAUACAAACCAUCUCAUAGUGGACAAAAUUGUACAUUUUAGACAUGUCACAUAGAUAGAUCAAAGCUGCAUACUAAUUGAAUUGAGAAGAACAGAAACGGACAGACAGCUAGCUGGAAGUUGGUACAAGAGGGGGCAUAGCAGGAUUGAAUUAACUGAAAGUAGUAUAGACUGACGAGUUGCUCCCGUUGUUAUGAUUAUAGUGAUUGAUUACUAUGGAAGGCAAAUCCUUUUGUUUCAUGUGCAGAUACCCAGGGCACAAGUUCAUAUUGUAUCAUGAAAAGCUGCAUCUGUUGUUGUGAUAAAGAGAUGGCAAGAGACCAACAGGAUGAGGCAUGAAAAUAGGAGAAAUUCAGAGGCAGUUGCAAGAGGGAUUAUCAGACAGAGAACACAUUUUAACUUUUAUUUCUAUGUGAUCAAGGAAGCUUCACAAACCAAGAUCUUGAUAGAUUCGAUGCUUCCAUGGUCCUCAAAAAGAGGAGAUUUGAUGCUUGCAUUGCUUGUUCACAAAUCUUUCCUCAAACAAAAAUUAUGUAAAUUUUUGCAUAUGUGCAAUACAUAUGCAAUCUAUGUGCAUGGAAUAAUCUCUAUGUAAUAACCAACUUUAUCUUGAGGCAUAUUAAUCUCAAUGUGGAACCCUAACCCAUAAUGCACGUCUCACAGUGAUAUUGAUUCUCAAGGUGUACAUCUAUGAAAUAUAGUCAAUAACAGCAAGAUGGCAUGGUAAUUGAAGGAAAAGGAAGCUUUAAGUUUGUCAAUCCACAUUACCCCCUGGAUCCCUGCCAUACUGUGUUUUUAUGUGUCAUGUCUAUAACUCUAUACAUCAAGUAUAAGCGUGAUGUGUAUUUAUGGUGGCUUUACUGAAUCGAGCAACAAUCAGUUCAUAUAUAGAUCCUCGAGGCCAUUUUGACAGGCCAUAGCACUUCAGAAGCACAAGAGGCCAGGAAUAGCAGCAGAACUGCUGAAUCUCCUGCACAAAGAUUUAGUGUUUUAGAGAGCAAAUAUCAGAUUAUAUACCUGUGAGUAGAUAUGCUAGCUCACACCUUUUGGCGAUAUCAACUACAUAGUUACUAGGAUAUUUCAGACACUUUCAUGAUAUUUUUAACCUUGUAUAAUCUUGCAUCUUCCAAUGACAG